AAGAAUUGAAUCUGUUUGGAUUAGAGCUUUUUUUUGGGGAGAUAUCACUUUCCAAAGGAAAAGGCUGAAGCUUGAAUCUGUUUUGGGAGAUAUCACUUUUCCAAAGUGACAUUUCACCUCCCAACGAAUUCCAGUCCGAUUAGGAUUCUUUCGAAAGGAGGAAAUCCGCAGAAAUGGACUACGGAGCGGUAGGUAAUCCAAAACACGAAAGAAAAGAAAGAAAAUGGACCGAAAAUGGAGGUCUGGAUAUGAAUGAUUAGAUAAGUAUUCCAUACGCUACCAAACAGGCCAAUAUAAGUUAGAGCAGGAGUGGUGAUCUCCAGUCGCUCAGUGAACACUUCCUUUCUCUUCUCGUCAAAUUCGACAUGGCGGACACGCUCGCUGCGUUGAGGUCUCUAAUGGACUCGCACUCUCCACCCCUUGAUGCUUUGAUCGUCCCCUCAGAGGAUUAUCACCAGAGUGAGUAUGUAUCUGAUCGGGAUAAGAGACGUGAAUUUGUUUCUGGAUUCACGGGAACUGCAGGUUUGGCACUUGUUACAAAGACAGAAGCACUGCUUUGGACCGAUGCACGCUAUUAUUUGCAGGCAGAACAAGAGCUUAGUGAUGAAUGGACACUAAUGCGUAUGGAAAAGGAUCCUGCCGUGGAUAAAUGGAUGGCUGAUAAUUUUUCAAAAGAUGCGGCUAUCGGUAUUGAUCCUUGGUGUGUGUCGGUAGAAAAAGCCAAAAAAUGGGAACAUGCAUUUUCUAAAAAACAACAGAAGCUGGUCCAAACCUCUACAAAUUUGGUAGAUGAGGUAUGGAAAAAUAGGCCUCCGGUAAAGAUAGAUCCAGCUAUUGUUCUUCCCUUGGAAUUUGCUGGUCUUUCUGUUGCAGAGAAGUUGAAGAAUUUGAGAGAAAAACUCUUAUCUGAGAAAGCUCGUGGCAUAAUCAUUACCGCACUUGAUGAGGUUGCUUGGUUAUACAACAUUCGUGGGAGUGAUAUCCCAUACUGUCCUGUUGUUCAUGCAUUUACACUUGUAACUACAAGUUCAGCUUUUUUGUACAUGGACAAGAGGAAAGUGUCUCUUGAGGUGAAAUCCCAUUUGGAGGAGAAUGGAAUUGAAGUUUGUGACUAUGGUACAGUUAGCUCAGAUGUGGGGUUGCUUGCAUCAAAUGAGCUUGGUUCUUCUUCUGCAGUCAAAGGAAUUCAACCUGAGGUUAUGCAAGGCUUGGAAGUUAAUUGUAGAGAAAAUGUGACAGGAGAUGGUAGGAAUGAGGAGGAAGAAAAUGAUAAUGACCUCAUAUGGAUCUCUCCUGGUUCUUGCUGCUAUGCACUCUAUUUAAAGUUGAAUUGUGAUAAGGUGCUUUUGCAGCGGUCACCUUUGGCACUUGCAAAGGCUUUAAAGAACCCAGUUGAGUUGGAUGGCUUGAAAAAGGCACACAUCAGGGAUGGUGCAGCUGUUGUCCAAUAUCUUGUCUGGUUGGAUAAGCAGAUGCAGGAGGUGUAUGGGGCUUCUGGUUACUUCUUGGAGGAAGACAUUAAAAAUACGAAUAAUCAAUUGAAAACCAUGAAACUGACAGAGUUGACUGUAAGUGAUAAGCUGGAGAGCCUCCGAGCAUCAAAGGAGAAUUUUAGAGGAUUGAGCUUUCCUACUAUUUCAUCGGUUGGCCCUAAUGCAGCAAUGAAUCAUUAUAACCCUCAAGCAGAAACAUGUGCUGAGAUGGAUCCCAAUAGCAUUUAUCUGUUUGAUUCAGGGGGACAGUAUCUGGAUGGAACAACAGAUAUAACUCGGACAGUUCAUUUUGGAAAACCUUCUGCGCAUGAGAAGGCAUGCUAUACUGCGGUUCUCAAAGGUCACAUUGCUUUGGGAAACGCUCGAUUUCCUAAUGGAACUUAUGGUAAUGCCCUCGACAUUCUUGCCCGAGCUUCUUUAUGGAAGGAUGGUCUGGACUAUCGACAUGGUACAGGUCAUGGAAUUGGGAGUUAUCUAAAUGUUCAUGAAGGACCCCAUUGGAUUGGUUCAGGGCCGCAGGAACGGAAUGUGCCACUGCAAGCUUCCAUGACUGUAACUGAUGAGCCUGGUUACUAUGAGGAUGGCUACUUUGGCAUAAGAUUGGAGAAUGUACUCGUCGUCAAGGGGGCAGAUACAAAAUUCAAUUUUGGUGACAAGGGUUACUUGACAUUUGAGCACAUAACUUGGGCACCAUAUCAGAAGAAGUUGAUUGACCUGCUCCUAUUAACACCUGAAGAGAUAAAUUGGGUGAACACCUACCAUGCAAGGUGUGGGGAGAUUCUUGCUCCAUACUUGGAUGAAUCUGAGAGGGGUUGGCUGAAGAAAGCAACUGAACCAGUAUGCGCCUGACUUACCAGCGCCUAAAACUGAAAGUAUACAUCUGAUUUACCUGUUCACUCGUAUUUCUGUUUGCCUUAAUUAUUUGCCUUCAAUUGGUUAGGUUAAAUAAUAAAAACAUGCAAUUCUUUUCUUUUCUUUUAUCAUGUGUCAUUACGGUUUAUAAAUAAGUAACGUAUUUAUCAUGAAAGGGAGUCAGAGACCUAUUAUUGGCA